AUGGCAUUUUGGCUACCCCAAAAUAUACAAAAGCGGUUGCUGCUUUAUGUACUUCAGCAGAUUUCGCUGUUUUCCAAUGUAGAUCUUUCUAACCUGGACGUUUCCAUAGGUUCCAAGUCACAUUUCUCUUUUCAUGAUGUGAAUCUAUCACUUGAUGAUCUCAACAUUCAAAAUAUGCAAAUAAACGAAGGUAUGAUUGGCGAGCUUGUCUUAAAACUGACAGUUUCUGGUGGGGUAGAGAUCGAUGGAUCUGGGCUAAGUUUUAUCAUAACGCCUUUAUAUUCUAGUAAUCCACAAGAACUUCACUCAGAUUUUUUGGCUAAAAGCAUUCAAGAUCUUACAAAUUCUAUGCUACAAUUUAAUGAUCCCUUGACCACACAUGAUAGGUAUAAAGAGGAUGAUAUCAGCUCUUCAGAUAGUAGUAGUGAGCUCAACUCUAAUACCGAACCUUUAAAAUCAACUGGAAAUGGCACAUAUACUCUUCAAAAUAUGCGGAAUAAGGCUCUUAAUGUAGCUCUAGCGAAAUUGAAAAUAGCUCUGAGGGAUAUCACAAUACGUUUCAUAAUGAAUGAUAGGAAUCCCUCUGAAAGCGUUGUAGAGGCUCACAUAGAAAGCAUACAGCUUACCACGUCGGAUGGUAAUUUACGGCAUAUAAACAUUGGAAAUAUCGCUGUUUCUUUGAUACAGAAACAGACUGAACCUAACUCUUCCAUGCACUUUUCCAAUAAUGAUGAUCUCUCACAAAGUGUUUAUUUAUCAAACAUGGAAGCCACUUCACUUUAUAUGAGUGCCAUGGAAGAACAAUCAACUGAAGACGAUGAUGAGUCCAAAUUUUCCCAUAUACAACAAGAUGAUGACAAGUGCAAAGAAACUAUAGUGGAAGUUAAUAAUUUGAAUUUGGCUUUUAAGGGCUUAUCAUCAGUUAAUGACCUCAGAGUGUAUGAUAUUGCCAUAGAUGUACAGGACGUUCACUUAGCAAUACAUAAAAUGGUCGAAAUCAAAAGUCCCAUUGUGAGAAAUAUUAUAGACAUUAUUAUUUCCCUUUUGGAUAAAAAUGAUGCCCUUGUCUGUCAGGACUCCCCAAGUCCUUCAAACGACACAGAGGAACCUUUUGCUCUUGCUUCUAUUGAUAUUAAAUGUGUGUAUUUGAAAUUAGCUGAAGAAACGACGAUAAUUUUGAAGAGGUUGGAAGUGGAGCAAAAGAAAAACAAUUUAUUGGCUUUUUCCUUAGGUUCCUUCUAUUCCAAUUCUGAUUCAUUGACAAUUAGUCACAAAACUAAACCAUUAUUUAUAGGAGAACAAACCCAUCAUGGUAUCGAAUUAAGAAUUAAUGACGAAUUGGAGAUUGUUAUUAAUGAUAAAUGCAUUGGUCAUUUUGUUAAAAUUUGUCAAUUCAUUUCACAAUGUAUGUCCAUUUAUCGCAGUAAAUCGAAAAGAAUACUACCGAAAAUAACUUCAAAUACUGCAAGAAGCAUAAAAUUUACUUCCAAAUCAUUGAAUUUAUCGAUUAAACUCUCAUUUUAUUUAUUAUGGUUCCAGAUUUCGCCUCUCAUUUACAAUUCUAAUCGUGAGUUCUAUAUUGAAUUGUUAGAAGUUUUCAAAAAGUUUCCUUCUAGAUGCACAAAAGUGUUGACCAUUUCAAGUAUUAAACUUUCGAAUUCUCAAUCCCGUUUGGAAUUGGGUUCAUAUGAUGAUACUCUAAAAGAAGCUUUGAUUUACAGUUCAGUUCACGCCACCGUCAAAGAGGUGAUAUUACAAGAUGAGUAUACGGGAAUAAUACAAUUGGCGAAAGACCUUUCUGCAAUUGGAGAACUUCUCACGGAUGCAAAGAACGCUGAAUUCUCAAGUAAGACCAAAUGUAAAAGGGGUUCAUAUUUGCAAAGAAGUGUCAGAGUACUCAAUUCUUCUAGGUUCGUUUACAAACAGAGUACAUCCGCUAACUUUUCUCUUCAGAUAGAUUCCAUGAAAUUGAAACUAUCAGAAAUCAUAGGACUUCAGUUUGGUUUUGUGGAGGCGUUAAUGUCCAAUAACUUCUUUGCAAUUACAGAUGACUCUCAAAUUGUAUAUUUUGCAAAAAACCUAUUAGUAGAAAGAAAAGCACCGUCACUGUUAAAGCCGCAAGAAAUUAUGUCGGUUGUUUUGAAUAAAGGUGUUGAUGAACCUGUAUUGUAUAUUCGUAGAAGAACAAACGGGAAGCUGAAAGUUGUUCUCAAUAACACUCGUAUACAUUAUUACGCAAGGUGGUUGGAAAUUUUGAAACAAAACACUGACCUGGAUAAUCUCAAUUCAAAAGAUGCAACUGUGGUAGAAAAGCCUAGUAAAGAGCCAUCUACUUCGGGAUUUCCCUGGGAAUUUAAAUGUCUAGACUGCUCUCUAAUCCUACAUCCUUUCAGAUUAAAUAGUGUAAUGGUUAUUGUACUCGACAGCCUAACAACCGGUGGAAAUUCAUUUAUUCCACAAGCAAAAAUUCUUUCAAAGGUCAAUACACUUUUCCUGAUAGAUGACUACGCAAAUUUCAAAGUUCAGAAAGAUAAGAAUUGGCCAAGUUUGAUAAGUUUUUAUGCUAACCAAGGUUUCUCUGCAAUCGGUAAAAUAGAUACUUUGAACUUUUUGAUAAACAAAUCCAAUGACACACUUUUGUUGGACUGUAAAAUAGAUCAAAUUGGUCUUUCAUUGUGUGCAGAUUCUUUUCAAACCUUUUGUCAGCUUUGUAUUGAUUUAAAAUAUCCGCAAACUUUCCCUGAUGAAAAGAAAUUUAGAACAGAGUUGAAGAAUCCUGUAGAUGUGUUUAAAGAUAUUGAUUGUGAUCUUUUCAAUUCUGCCGUCAUAUUUGAACACAACAAUCAAAAUGAUUACGAUUCGGUGCACUUGGUAGACAGUUUUCUUGAUAAUACUCACGGACUCAAUAAUAGCACCCCGAGUAAACUCUCUUCUCAGGGUUCGCAUGAAAUGGAUUCUUCCUCUGGAACUGUUACAGGAAGCAUUAUACUUCCUCAUGAAAGUUACCUAGAUUUUGUACAACCUAAAGAAGAAGACAAUCUCGUAAUGACUCCAAAAGAGCAAGAAGGUAAUAUAUAUAUAAGGGGUACUAUAGACGUUGAAAAAGUUAUCGUAAAGCUAUUUGAUGGAUACGAUUGGAAAUACACGCGGAAAUUUAUCGCCAAAACUGUGGAAAAGCUGGAUAAAGAGCUCAGUGAAUUGGAAGAAAACAGUUUGAAAUCGAAUGUAAUACAAUCAGAGGCAAACAUUUUUGACUCUAUCUAUAUAUCUGCCAAUCAAAAUAAUGUCACUGAUUUGAGAAAGAAUCUAGAUGGUGAGAUUCAGGGGGUUCAGAAUUCUUUCUCUGAUGUAUCUAAAGUUAAUUUACGACCUUCUAAACACUAUAAAGCUUUGCUUCAGCUAAGUAAGCUGCAGGUGAAUUUAAAAAAUUAUCGAGUGGAUGAACCUGAUGAGUCCGAAUCAGAUAAUUCUACGGACGUUUUGAACAGGUGUGUAGUUUCUGUUUACGAGUUUGAGAUCAUCGAUAAUGUUCCCACAUCCACAUGGAAUAAGUUUGUAACUUUAUUAAAGCACGAACCAUGGCCACAUAAUUCUCCGAUGUUUCUCCUGAAUCUUGAAUUUUUUCGACCAAUUGACUUUUUGCAAGCAGUAGAAUUAGUAAUGCAAUUGAAAAUUGCACCUUUACGUCUUCACGUAGACCAAGACACUUUAGAGUUUCUAAUAAGAUUUUUGGGAUUCAAAGAUAAGAGGUUCGAAUUAGUUGAUGAAUAUCCAGACAUCAUAUUUGUUCAAAAAUUUAGUACUAAUCCUAUCAAGUUGAGAUUAGAUUAUAAGCCAAAGAAAGUUGAUUAUGCUGGUUUAAGAUCAGGUCAAACUUCAGAACUGAUGAAUUUUUUUACGCUCGAUGGGUCCAAGAUUAUUUUGAAAAGUGUGGUGCUAUACGGGCUAAAUGGAUUUGACGAACUGAAUGAUAAACUGAAAGCAAUUUGGACACCAGACAUUACCAAGAAGCAAUUACCUGGAGUUUUAGAAGGUCUGGCUCCUGUGAGGUCGUUUAUGGCGAUUGGGUCAGGGGUAAAGACUCUGGUCACAGUUCUAAUGUCAGAAUACAAGCAAGAAGGUAAUUUGGGAAAAAGCUUAAAAAAAGGUGGUAAUGUCUUCUUGAAGACAACGACUGGAGAUUUCGUUAAAUUGGGAGUUAAAUUGACAUCAGGGACUCAAGCAAUAUUGGAAAAUACUGAGGAACUAUUUGGUGGCGUUGGUUCCAACGGCAGAGUGUAUGAUGCAUCGAAGAUGGGUUCCGCCAAUGAUGAUGAUGCUGCUGCUGCUACUGUAUUAGACUUGGAUACUAUAAUGGAGGAGGAUCAGCUAGUUGGUAGCAAAUACUCAAGAAUAAGAGAUCAUGAGCCUACAGCGGUGGUCAUCGAUAUGUCUUCGCAGGGUGACCACAAUGAACCCACAAUAGUGAGCCUGUACGCUGAUCAGCCCUUAGACCUGCCCACGGGAUUAAAGGAGGCGUAUAGUUCACUAGAAAAGCAUAUGCAUAUUGCCUAUGAUGCUGUAUGGAGAGCAAAGGGGCAGCUAAAGGAUGAUAAACGGGGAGGACCCAGUGCUGCGGCAGUAUAUGUUGCUAGAGCGGCGCCCGUAGCAAUAAUUCGCCCAUUAAUUGGAGCUACUGAGGCUGUGUCCAAGACUUUGCAGGGAAUAGCUAACCAGGUAGACAAGACUCAUAACGAGCAAAUCAACGAUAAGUACAAAUCCAACAGGACUGAUUUGUAA